UGAACAGAGUUAUUUUAAAUUUUAUCAUCGUGGCCAGUGGCGCACCUUCAGGGAGAGAGAGAGCACAAUGAGAGCCAUCUCUGGAAGGAGCGGCUUUAGAGAAUGAAGGCUGUUUCAGAAGAACACAGAGAAAGAGGAAUUUAAAAAUAGAAAGUGGAAACCUUUUGCUCUGAAAAGGCACGAAAAGAUUUGAAAGGGUUCUAGCUGAAUCCUCUUUUUUUUUUUUUUCUGAAUUGAUUUUCAUCUGGGGUCUGAAAAUCACCAAAAAUCUCACGCCUUUUUCACCUGGGUCGUGGCUGUUACUGCUGCUUUCCUUGGCCCUUUUUGUUUUCUGGGUAUGUCACAAAUGAGAGAGAUCGAGGGUGAUCUCUUAGAUCGAAAGAUGGAAUCUGGAGAGGUCAUGGUGUGAUUUGGGGGCUAGGGUUUUCUCUUCGCACGGUCAUGGCGGUGACAGGUUUUGUUUGGAUCUAAGGGUGAUCUUGGUUACACUGUGGUUUUGUCAGAAAAAUGGAACUUAAAAAGCUUGAAGAUUGCGGUCUUGUCUGGUUGAUCUCUCUGCUCCUACUGAAUCCAUUAUGGCUUGCCUCCUCCAACGUGGAAGGUGAUGCACUUCACAGUUUGAGAGCUAAUUUGAUUGACCCGAGUAACGUCUUGCAAAGCUGGGACCCUACCCUUGUCAAUCCGUGCACUUGGUUUCAUGUAACAUGUAAUAACGACAACAGUGUUAUAAGAGUUGAUCUUGGAAACGCUGCUUUGUCUGGUCAAUUGGUUCCCCAGCUUGGUCUACUCAAGAAUUUGCAGUACUUGGAGCUUUACAGUAAUAACAUAUCGGGUCCUAUUCCAAGCGAUCUGGGGAACCUAACAAACCUAGUGAGUUUGGAUCUUUAUUUAAACAGCUUCACUGGUCCUAUUCCAGACUCUCUGGGCAAACUCUCAAAGCUGCGGUUUCUUCGGCUCAACAAUAACAGUCUUAGCGGACCGAUUCCCAUGUCAUUGACUAAUAUCUCAACCCUUCAAGUAUUGGAUCUAUCAAAUAACCGUCUCGCUGGUUCUGUUCCCGACAAUGGCUCCUUCUCGCUUUUCACUCCUAUCAGUUUUGCUAACAACUUGGAUCUUUGUGGCCCGGUUACCGGCCGUCCCUGCCCUGGAUCUCCUCCAUUUUCUCCUCCACCGCCAUUUAUACCGCCACCCCCUGUUCCUACACCAGCUGGGUAUAGUUCCACGGGAGCAAUUGCUGGAGGAGUUGCUGCUGGUGCUGCUUUGCUGUUCGCAGCUCCUGCUUUAGCGUUUGCUUGGUGGCGCAGAAGAAAACCUCUAGAAUUCUUUUUUGAUGUACCAGCCGAGGAAGAUCCCGAAGUUCAUUUGGGACAGCUCAAGCGGUUCUCUUUGCGAGAACUGCAAGUUGCGACCGAUGGUUUCAGCAACAAGAACAUAUUGGGCCGAGGUGGGUUUGGGAAGGUCUACAAGGGUCGUCUUGCCGAUGGUUCAUUGGUCGCCGUCAAAAGACUUAAAGAAGAGCGUACACCCGGCGGCGAGCUUCAGUUUCAGACAGAGGUGGAGAUGAUAAGCAUGGCGGUUCAUAGGAAUCUACUAAGAUUACGCGGGUUCUGUAUGACCCCGACUGAGAGACUUCUCGUCUAUCCUUACAUGGCUAAUGGAAGCGUCGCUUCGUGCUUAAGAGAACGUCCCCCGUCUCAGCCACCUUUAGAUUGGCCUACGCGAAAGCGGAUUGCGUUAGGAUCGGCGAGAGGACUGUCUUACUUACACGAUCAUUGUGACCCGAAAAUCAUUCAUCGUGAUGUGAAAGCUGCGAACAUUCUCUUGGACGAGGAAUUCGAGGCUGUGGUGGGUGAUUUCGGGCUGGCCAAGCUGAUGGAUUACAAAGACACGCACGUCACCACGGCGGUGCGGGGAACGAUCGGGCACAUAGCUCCCGAGUAUCUCUCCACGGGAAAAUCGUCAGAGAAGACUGACGUUUUCGGUUACGGAAUCAUGCUUCUCGAACUGAUCACGGGUCAAAGAGCGUUUGAUCUCGCUAGACUGGCAAAUGACGACGAUGUUAUGCUUCUUGAUUGGGUGAAAGGCCUAUUAAAGGAGAAGAAACUGGAAAUGCUCGUGGAUCCUGAUCUGCAGAACAAUUACACAGAAUCAGAAGUAGAACAGCUCAUCCAAGUGGCUCUUCUCUGCACACAAAGCUCGCCAAUGGAAAGACCCAAGAUGUCAGAGGUUGUACGGAUGCUUGAAGGCGACGGUCUCGCCGAGAAAUGGGACGAGUGGCAGAAAGUGGAGGUUCUCAGACAAGAAGUGGAACUCGCACCUCAUCCCGGUUCGGAUUGGAUCGUUGAUUCGACAGAUAAUCUUCAUGCAGUUGAGUUGUCUGGUCCAAGAUGAGACAUUUUUUUUAUGUAUCAAUCUGACACAACAUAAGAGAGAAGGGAACAGAGGGAAACAAAAGGGUCCCUGAUUUUUUUUUUCUUGAGAUUUUUUAGGGCUUUUUUCUGUUUUUUUUUUUCACGAGAGAAUAGCAAUUGAAGUGUUGUGUAAGCUCAUCAUCUUCGUCUUGUAUUCA